AUGGGUUCUGGAUCAUCUAAACCACCUCCACCUGUUGUUGCUAAGUCUUCAGGUCCAGUUUAUGCAAUAAAAACAAUUGGUUCCAGGCAUUUUAUUAUUGGUGGUGGUGGUGGUGCUGCAAAAACUGGAGUUCCAAAUGAAAUUGAGCUUUUUCUUAUGUCAUAUAAUAAUUUUUGUAAACUAGGAAGAAAUAAUAAUAAAAAUGAUAAUCUUAUGCAAGCAAAAAAAACAGCCUCUUUUAAAACUAAUCCACAUGCCACAAUGAAUAUGGAUGUCUUAAAAAUUGGUGGAAUAGAUGAUUGUAAAUAUUUAAUUGCUGCUGGUCAUGAUGAGUAUUGUAAUUUGUAUGAAACAACAAAUUUUGACUUAUCUGAUGAAUGUGAAAAUGAAAUUGAUGAUCCAAGUAGAUUAAAAUUUAAUUUUAUUAAUGUAGCAAAAUUUAUAACUGAUAAAAAAGUUGAUGGUGGUUAUCAGAAGUGUGUUCGAUUUGACAAAUCUGUAAGUAAUAUUGAUAAAAUUAGAAUGGCUACUGGUGGUGGUGAUGGUAAUAUUAGAAUAUGGAAUAUUACAGAAUUUUUAAAUGAUAAAAAUCCAUUAAAUAAAAAAAAACCUAUUAUUGUAUUUAAUAAUGCUCAUGAGGGUGAUGUUGAUGAUAUAGAUAUAUGUGGUAAUGGACGGCAUUUAUUAAGUGUAGGAAGUGAUCAUAAAACAAUUAUUUGGGAUAUAGAACAGGGUAGAAAAGUAUCUGAAAUUUUAUUGCCAAAAAGUAUGGUGGGAAUAUUUAAAAUUCGUUCAGGGAGAUUUGUUAAUUUUGAUAAGAGUGGUGGUAACGUAAUAUUUGUCACAGCAAUAAAUCAAAUUAAACAAUCACGUAAACGUAUUUGUUAUUUAGCUUUAUGGGUUUUUCUUAGUGAAAAUAAAGAAGCACGUAUAAUAACAAUGAAGGAAAUAGGAAAAGAAAGUAUCUCAACAUUGGCUGUAAGUAAUUGUGGAAAUUUUACAGCUGUUGGAACACUAGAGGGUUCAGUUGGUAUUUAUAAUAGUCAUAGUAUGGAUCAGUUAUAUUUUUCACCUGCAACACAUAAGAUAUUUGUAACAGGAGUAGAAUUUCUACCAAAUAAAUCAUACGACACUCUUGGUAGGCUACCUGGGGUUGCUUUGAAUAACAAAACAAGUGUAUUAUCAUUAUCUGCUGAUCAAACUAUUCAAUUACAUUCUGUGCCUUAUACAAAACCAUCUUCAACUUCUAAAUUUUUGUUAACACUUUCAUUUUCACUUCUUAUUUUUUAUUUUAUAUUAUCAUGGUUAAUGAAUGUUAAAUUAUAA